AUCGAAGAUUCCGAGGCGAGUACGAAACUACGAACCGACCAGAGAGCUUUGAUUCCCAAACAAAGGAUAUCCUUUGCUGUUCCGAGUCAAAACCUUCAGAAAAGGACGUUUCUUGUUCCUGUCAAUGAAAGAAGCAAAAAAUUGAAACAAAAUCAGUGACGCAGUUGAAGGAUGGCGGCGAGUUCCGCAAGAUUUUCAUCUGCUGGGGAAGAAAGAAAUGGAGAAGGAAGAGGAGUUAAAGGAGACCCAGAUCAUACACAAAUGAUAAACAAGCUUGCUGGUGCUGUGAUGGAGAAGCUCGCAUUUUCAGACCCCUCCAAAACACUCACACCGGAUCAGAAGAAUGAUAUCAAACGACGUCUUUGUAGACUCUUACCUGCGUUUCACACGCCCGAUCAUCCCACCUAUGCCGUGAUGAUUCGUAGGGCAAUUGAGGAGUUGAAUGAGGAACAGGGGUCAACUGAAGAAGCAAUAUCAAAAUAUAUUAGAGAGAAGUUUGACGGUUUGCCAUUGGCUCAUGCAAGUUUCUUGAGUCUUCACUUGAAGAAGCUAAAUGAGAGGGGAGAAAUUGUUUGUGUAUCAAAAAAUUGUUAUAUGCUUCCAACUGAUAAAGGUGAUUCUCUUUCUAGAAGAAAGUGUGUCCCGAAACAAAAGAAGACUCGGAAGGGUUGGGGAAAAGGAAACUCAGCUAAAGGAAAUGAACAUAAAACAUUAGCAGAAGAACAAGUUGAAGUGACUGAGAAACAGAGAAAGCAGAGGAAGCAAAGUCAAAAACCACAGUAUUGUAAGGCAGUUGACAACCAAACUGGAUCUCCAGAGCAAGUCAAUGGACAACAAUGUCAAAGACAAAUGGAAGAAAUUGCUGCAAUUGCUGAAAAGAAAAGUCAAGAACAAAUUGAAGAAGAUCAGCAGAGUAAGGUGAUUGAUGAUAAAAAAGAAUCUCCUGAUGCACAGCAAGGAGAAGUAAUUAAACAACAAAUUCAAGGUAUUGCAGUCAUUGUUGUUCCCCGAAAUUCCGCAGAACAGAUAUAUAAAGUCCCCGAAGAACAAGAAGUUGAAGUGACUGAACAACAGCAGCAGCACGGGCAGCAAAGUCAAGAACUGAGUCAAGAAGAACAGCAUAGUAUAGUAAUUGACUGUCAAAAUGGAUCUCCAGAUGAAGAAAAUGUACAGCAAGAUGAAGUGAAUAGGCUGAAAAGUCAAAAUCAAGUGCAAUUACCUGGAGUGAUAGUCGAAAAGCAGAACAUUGAACAGAUAUAUAAAGAAGAUGAAGUACAAGUAGAAGUAACUGAACAACUGAGAGAAGAUGGGCAGGAAAUUCAAGACUCAAUUCAAGCAGAACAGUGUAGUAAGAUGAUUGAAGAUAAAUAUGGCUCUACAGAUGCGCAGCAAGAGAGAGUGAAUGGACAUGAAAAUCAGAAACAUAUGCAAGAUGUUGCGUUGAUUGUUGAUAAGCAGAAUGUUGAAGUCAAGAAGUAUCAAGUGAAUGAAGAGCAAGUUGAAGUGAUUGAACAAAAGGUAGAACAUGUGAAGCAAAGUGCAGAACCAAUACAGCACAUGAAGGUGAUUGAUUGUCAAAAUGGAUCUUCAAAGCAACAAAAUGAACAGAAAGAUGAAGUGAAUGGACAGCAAAGUGAAAAUCAAAUGCAAGUAACUGCAGUGGUUGUUGAAAAGUCUAAUUUUUCAGAACAGACACGUAAUGUGAAUGAAGAAGAACAAGUUGAAAUGACUGCACAGAGAGAAUAUGGGCAGCAAAGUCAAGAAGAGCAACAUAACAAGGUGAUUGACUGUCAAAAUGGAUCUCCAGAGCAACAAAAUAAACAGCAAGAAUAUGUGAAUGAGGAUCAAUUGCAAGAAAUCAUUGUGAGUUGUGAAAAGCAGAUUGACACAAAACUGAAACACAAAGUGGCUGAUGAGCGUAUUGAAGUAAGUAUGGAUAAAAUAGUUGAAGAACAGUACCAAACUAAAGAACAAUUGUGUGAAGUAAUUGAACAACAUAGUCAAGCUGUCAAAAGAGAUAUACAGUUACAUGGAGAAGCAGUUGAAGCAAUUCGGUCUGGACCAGAGGCACAGCAAAGUGAUAUGAUUUCAGAACAAAAUAGACUGCAAGACCAAAUUGAAUUAACAAGUAUGCAGGAGUUAUUGCCUGAGAAGCAAGAGAAAGAUGCGGCUACUGUCGUCAAUUCAAAUGUUUCUAUUGCAAGUCAGAAAUUUUCCCACCAUGUUUCGUCAAACUUGUCUGAGCUGCUGGAAAACAACGUUAAGGUGCAGGGAAAGAUGCAGAAGCUGCUGGAAAAUAACAUUAAGGUGCAGGAAAAGACACAUAAGCUGCUGGAAAAUAACAUUAAGGUGCAGGAAAAGACACUUCAGGUUCAGGAAAAGUUGUUUGAGCUGUUGAAGGAGUUAGCAGAUACCAUUCGAAAUCCUGUUAUAGAAAAAAGAUCAAUGCCAAUCAUUGGUCCUUGUGGAGAGAGGGAAUAUAUAGAUUGUGGAUUUCCAGCAAAACAGAAGCACCAACCUGAGAUCUCAGCUCAAACAAAAGCAUUGGGAUCCCAGCUGAAUGAAAUGCUAGCAUCUCUUGAACUACCCAUGGACGCAGCAGAGUUAUUUUUAAAGCAGGGAAAGCUAUGCAACCUUGGUCAGCAACAAGUACCUAAGGGCCAGAACAAAUCAAUUAAGAAUAUGCCUGAUGCUGAACAACCUCAACAACAGGAGAUUGGAAAUUCAGAAUUGUUGCGGGAACUGCCAACAAUGGAAGAAGAGAAUGAAGAAUUAUCUGGACCUGAUAGAAAGAGAAUUCGUUUAAGCAUUGAAGCAAAUCAUGAGAAAGAAAAGCAACUGCAAGUGCAUAAUGCUGAAGGCCAUCCUGAUCUUCGUAGUCAAGAGAAGCCGUCUGUAUCUGUGCUAGUCCCAAGUUUUCCAGAUGUCUUCUUGCACUCGCCAAACUAUGAGCGGGGGACCCAGCAACCAAAAGUUCAAAAGACAGAAAGACCUCGUGAAAUCAAAUUGCUGAAGAACAGGAGAUUGUUCCUGAGCUAA